AGUGAGAUUCAAAAGGCAAAAGGAGAUAAAGUUUUGUGUAUUGGGCCACUAUCACUAUGCAAUAAAGACAACUUGGACAAGUCUCAAAGAGGAAACAAGCCAGCAAUCAACGAAAACCAGUGUUUAAUGUGGCUCGAUGAACAAGAGCCAGGCUCGGUGGUUUACGCAUGCCUUGGAAGCUUCGAUCGCCUCACAACUCCUCAGUUAAUCGAGCUUGCUUUAGGAUUGGAAGGAUCGAAACGCCCGUUUGUGUGGGUUAUAAAAGGCGGAAGAAAGGCAGGGGAGAUAGAGAAGUGGGUGGAAGAAAAUAGAUUCGAGGAAAGAACGAAAGGGAGAGGGCUUCUGAUUCGAGGCUGGGCACCGCAAGUACUCAUAUUGUGGCACCGGGCUGUGGGGGCGUUUUUGACACACUGCGGGUGGAAUUCGACACUGGAAGGGAUGUGUGCAGGUGUGCCGAUGCUAACGUGGCCAAUGUUCGCCGAGCAAUUUUUGAAUGAGAAGUUAGUUGUGCAGGUUUUGGACAUAGGAAUAAGUGUUGGGGCUCAGGGGGUUCGACCCUUAUUUGAGGAAGACAAAUGUAAGGAGUUGGUGGAGAGAGAGGCAAUUAAGGACGCAGUUGAGAAAGUAAUGGGUGAAAGAAUUCAUGGAGAAGAGAGAAGGAAAAGGGCAAGAGUACUUGGGGACAUGGCAAAAAAGGCAAUAGAAGAAGGAGGUUCUUCAUAUUUAAAUACGAGAUUGUUGAUUCAAGAUGUGAUGAAACUAGUUAACCACAAAGACUCAACCCAGAAACAUAGCAGGUCAAAAAAAAGUUUGUAGCUAAGCGAGGACCAUAAGUUGACGGAAAAUGUCAUGUAGCUUUAAUAAUUUAUAAUUUUUUUUUUAUUAAACUUCUUAUAUAAGUGUGGGAAUCAUAUAAAUCAAAUGUGUGUAAGCUUCACAUCCAUAUAAAGGGUUUUAGUAAAAAAGUUGACAAAUUAUUUGGAAUUCCUAGCAAAAUUCAUAAAUUAUUUGGAUCUACUUUAAUACAAUGAAGAACUCAACUACCAUUUUUUGGAGGCCAAACGCA